AUGGAUGCCCUCGUCGAUGUUUUCGAAUCCAUUCCGGCCACCUCUGCAUCCGCCCCUGAGCCGCAUGAGCAAUUUAUCGAAGGAUGCUUGCCUCCACAAACGGACAUUCCCGUGGACUACGAGUUCCAGCGGGACUACGGAAGCACGUUUCAGUGCUGCAUCAUUGCGUAG